UAUUACUGUAUCCAAACGCCGCCUCAAUGUCUCGUCCCGCAACAGAACCAGAAAGUAACUCACUUCGCGCACUCUAGUCAGCUAAUGGCAGACGGCGACGACGACAAUGCUGACCCUGAAUACAUUCAGAUUCUCCAAAACUAUGGGCAAUACGCCCAACACGGGGCAUUAGACCUCGGAGACCAAGAACGAGCCGAAGAAGAAGAAGAAGAGGAAGAGGAAGAAGAAGACGACAGGGAAGACGAAGAAUACGUUCCGUCGGUAGAAUUGCAUGGAGUUUCGCGCAACGGUCCCAUAAUUUACGAGGCAUUGGAAUAUGGGCUCGAAGAAGAGGGGUACAAGCGGAGGAGAACCGAAGGAGGAGAAGCGUGUUCGUCGACUUCGCAGGACAACGAGUGGAGUCGGAGUGAAAUCGACGGCCUAUUUUGCCCUAUUUGCAUGGAGGCUUGGACCGUCGACGGCGGCCAUCAUAUCUGUUGUCUUCCUUGCGGGCACAUAUAUGGUAUGUCUUGCAUCAACAAAUGGCUGAAACAACGAAAAAACUCAGGGAAGUGUCCUCAAUGCAAUAGGAAAUGCACAUUGAAGGAUGUAACUAAGCUUUUUGCAUCACGGGUUGUUGCUGUUGAUGAAGAAUCCCAAAAGCGCAUUCGGUCACUCGAGGCUAGGUGUGCUUCUCUUGAGAAGAAGGGUGCUGAUUGGUGUAAGAAAGAAGCUGAAUGGAAAAAAAGAGAAGCCGAGUUGCAUGUGAAAGUUUGCCAACUGUCAGAGGGGAAAAUAUAUUUGGAGAAGUUAUUAAAAGAUAUGCAGAGCAGGCCAUCUGGAGUAGUAAAAGCUGCUGGGAAUUGCCAAGGAAGAUCUGUGUUUGGACAAAACUUUGGCUCAGCUCUCUGCGGGCAAGAAUCUUCUAGCAGUUUCAUAUUACAGAAAGAGUUCUGGCUAGAUGGUGCACGCUUAAUUGAUGUAGAUGCUUCUAGCCAAAUUCUAUUAAUUGUGCGAAGGCGGUCUGAGAUGGGUGCAACCUCUGUGCUUACAAAAAUGAGCUUGAUGCCUCCACAUGAAAAAGAAGAUAUUUUUCUUCCUUCAAAUAUGAAAGUUAUUAAGGACCUAUGCAUUUCUCCUUCUAAUGGUAGCCUUGUACUUUUUGCUUCAUUAGGGCAGAAAUUAUCUGUUCUCAGUCUGGAAAGCAACAACAUCAUCCUAGCCUACGAUCUACCGGCAGCUGCUUGGUCAUGUUCAUGGGAUCUCCAGAACUCGAAUUAUAUAUAUGCUGGACUGCAGAAUGGCUCCCUUUUGGUGUUUGACGUGCGCCAAACUGUUCGGCCUGUUAAUUCCCUGAAGGGGCUGACAUGCAAUCCUGUGCAUACCAUUCAUUCACUUUUACACAGUUCAACUCUUCUGCCUGGUGUUAGAUCUGUCCUAUCUGCUUCGUCAAUUGGCCUGUGUCACUGGAACUUUGGUGGAGCUGAAGAAGGGCCAUUUUUGGUUCCUCAAACGGACAAUCAAGGAGUUUGUAUAUCCCUUGCUUAUUCUCCCAGCAGCGAUGACAUUGUUGCUUCGUAUCGUCCCAAAGUUGAGAUGUCAAAUAUGGCUUUUACUCAACCUGCACUAACUCCUUCCCAAGUUAUUGGUCAAGGAGUACAAGGCUCCCACAUUUUCUAUAACCGAGUGGGAAGCAACUGCUUUCAAAAGUUGGGUUCUGCAUCUGCCAAUGUAAAUGACAUUCGACUACCAAAAAGAUCUGCAAUUAUAGACGUGGAAAGCCAAAACCGGUUGUUUGCAUCUGGGGAUGAAGUAACGUGCGAGUUGAUCUUGCAAGAGUUGCCAUCUUUUGCAGCUUUUCAGCAUCUUAAAAUACAAAAGCAGCAUAUUUGUGAUGUGAAAUACACACAUGCCCUGGGUCAAGGUCUACUCAGUUGUUUAGAAGAGGAUAGAUUGCAAAUUUUCUGUAUGAAGCUCUCAUGAGAAAGGUUUUCGAACUUCCUUUCUGAACUUGUUAAGAGGUAAUGAUUGAACUUCUUUGCUAAUAGCAAUAUUAGAAGACGUGUAAUUUAGGUGCAUGUCAAGCCACUUUUACGAGAACGCUUUGUGAGGUUAACUUAUAUUGAAAUUGUUUUGUCGCAUGAAAA